AGUUGCUGGUUGGCCAGCUAGAAAUGACGACACACAUGUGCGAAAGCAUUUCAGCAGAUAUGUGUACUUUUGUUAGGCAGCACAAACAAUCUCUGAUAUUUUACAUUAUCAGAUGUUAUUGUAUGAAUUCUGAUUAUUUAAUCUAAUCAAUGACAAACUAGCAAAGCAAUCAGGACACUAUCAAAAUGUCUGCCACUUGCAACUGUACCGAGCAUGCCAGCAAACUCAACCAGCAGAUAUCUGUCAUGCGAAAAGAAAUCAAGAAUCUCAGGCAAUUGUUGGACAGUGCUGUUCGUUCUCAUCGAAAACACAUGACAUCUCUCCAGUCUGCUUUGACACACAUUGGCCAGAGUCGAUCUCCAAAGAGUCAGCCAAGGCCACAGGCAGAACUAGAGACACAGACUUCACUUGAGAAAGGGACCAUCCAGACAGUCCCCAUAGGUUACAUCAGCUCCUGUUUCUCAGUGAAGAAUGGCACCCCCAGACAGCCAACCAUAUGUGGGCCCUCCAGGGCCACCCUUCAGAUCCAGCAGAGUGUCUUCAACAACCCUGAACACUCACUGGUCGGCCUGGACAACUACUCUCAUGUCUGGGUCAUCUUCCUGUUCCAUAAGAACGGCCACCUGAGUUAUAAGGCCAAGGUGAAGCCCCCCAGACUGAACGGCCAGAGGGUUGGGGUGUACUCCACACGUAGCCCCCACCGGCCCAACGCCCUGGGUCUGACCCUGGCCAAGCUGGACAGAGUCACAGGUGACACACUUCAUCUGAGUGAGAUAGACAUGAUCGCAGGCACCCCUGUCCUCGAUAUCAAACCCUACAUCUCUGACUAUGACUCCCCACACAGUAGAGUGGACAUUGACACAGAUACUUGUGACUGUGGCGUCCAACCUGAGAGCACCAGUGUACCAUCAGAAGAGGGGACCACCAGUGUGGAGACGCUGCAUUCAGACUCAGUAGCUUCGUCCUCCUGUACUGUUGAUCCCCAGUUGGACUUGGGGGUUGAGAGACGGGAUAGUCAUAGCAAAGACCCCAGAAUACUCCACUCAAAAGACAAAUCGAAAGUUCACAUCCUCCAUCCAGGCGAUGCCUCCAGCUCUUAUGCUCCUAAAUACCCAGGCAAAGACAUCACCACUGUGCUGGGGGAGCUCAAGGCCUACAUCAGCGAGGGACAUGACCCCUUCACCCUGGGGAGCUCUGUAGGAAAGUCUCAGGCUUCAGAUGGCCCUAAAGCCAAGCCAUUGGAGCCAGUGGAGGAUAGUGCUAGGCCUUACUAUGGGGAAGAGGCCUACAGCACCAUCGCUGGCUGGAUCAGGGAGCCUCCUGUGACCAGUCUGGAGGUGCGCUUCACACCCCAUGCAGAGAGAGAGCUGGGGGAGUUCCUUGGCCCCAUCAAUACAGAAUCUCGUGACCGACCCAGGUUCCGGUUCCUGCGUGGUCCAAAAGAGGCUGCUGCCGCCAUCAGAGGGGUUCUAUCUGCUGACCCCAGGUCAGUGUAUCGGAGGAGCCGCUGUAAGGACAGACUCUUCUUCUUCACCUUGGACACGGCAGACAUCACCUGCUGGUUCGGUCAGGGCUUCGCUGAGGUGCUCCGGGUCAGACUCGUGGCUGUUGGAAAAGAACUGGCCAGCUGAAUGGUUCAAGUUCUGUAUGAUCCUAAUGGUUCUGGUUCUAUGGAUUGAUUUUGGAAUCAGCUCUCAAUAAUUGUUUUACAGGUGAAUCUGAGAAAAUAUGAAUAUUUAACUAAAUAAAUGCAAUGUUAUAAACAACUGUUAAUAAAAAAAAAAGUUUUUAAAUUUUCCUGUGAAGAUAGUGCUUGUUGAAAUGGUUGGUUAUACCGUAUGAUCGUAACACUUUAUUUUACUAAGUAAGUUACAUUAUAGAGCAUUUAUUCCAAGCACCUCUAGGCUGGGAGAGAGCACCUCAGUACACUGCAGUGCACACUAUCACUUAUCAGAUGGAAUCUUUACGGUUGAGUUCUGUUUAGUAAUGGUAGUGAACACGCCUUUACUAUCUAAGUUAGAUUGUUGCACAGUUUUAAUAACGACUCCACUAUGAUAGGAUAUGGAUUCCAAAAUUGCUUCCAGUAUUUCCCUUGACCUUUGUCAACCUCUCAGUUUUAGUAAUCCAAUGUCUAGUACAAAGUCUUUUAAAUUCAGG